CUCAGUGCUGGGCAAGCAAGGCAGCAGGUCGCAGCCCCCUCCUGGGCGGGCCUUCGCGUCCCGCCCCCGGCCACCACUCGACACCCUCCUCGCCUGACGUCAAGGGGUUGGGGGCGGAGAGCGGCGGCGGCUGCAGCGGAGAAAGAACCGGCGCCCGGCGCGGUGGAGCGCCGAACCCGAGCUCAGGGGCGCCGAAAGCCGUGCUGGGACCGAGGGGCGGUGGCGCGGGACAGCCUUAGCGUGCUGGCGGGCGGGCGCGGUCUGGAGCGGCGCGGGGGCAGGGGAGGACGGUGGCCGGAGCCAAACGCGAGGGCGGCGCCCAGGGAUUGGAGCUGCACGAAAGAGGAGAAUCCCGCUUCGGCCUCCCCAAUCCAUUUCACUUCCCUCCACGAUCCCGCUCCCGCCGCGGCGAGGAGAUCCCUAGAAGCCUGGAGCCGACUCGUGGCCCGGUCGCCUCUCUGCGGGAGGGUCAGCGUCUUGUAGAAGCAGGGCUGCUGGACUGAAGUUUAGACCCUGGGUGUCUGCUAUGGCCCCACACUGGGCUGUCUGGCUGCUGGCAGCAGGGCUGUGGGGCCUGGGCAUCGGGGCUGAGAUGUGGUGGAACCUUGUGCCCCGGAAGACAGUAUCUUCUGGGGAGCUGGUCACAGUAGUGAGGCGGUUCUCCCAGACAGGCAUCCAGGACUUCCUGACCCUGACCCUAACAGAACAUUCUGGCCUUUUAUAUGUGGGGGCCCGAGAGGCCCUGUUUGCCUUCAGCGUGGAGGCUCUGGAGCUGCAAGGAGUGAUCUCCUGGGAGGCUCCAGCAGAGAAGAAAAUUGAAUGUACCCAGAAAGGAAAGAGCAACCAGACCGAAUGCUUCAACUUCAUCCGCUUCCUUCAGCCAUACAAUGCCUCCCAUCUGUACGUCUGUGGUACCUAUGCCUUCCAGCCCAAGUGCACCUAUAUCAACAUGCUCACAUUCACCUUGGAUCGUGCAGAAUUUGAGGAUGGGAAGGGUAAAUGCCCAUAUGACCCAGCUAAGGGCCACACUGGACUCCUUGUGGACGGUGAGCUGUACUCGGCCACACUCAAUAACUUCCUGGGCACAGAGCCGGUUAUCCUUCGAUACAUGGGGCCCCAUCAUUCCAUCAAGACAGAGUACCUGGCUUUUUGGCUGAAUGAACCCCACUUCGUAGGCUCUGCCUUUGUCCCGGAGAGUGUCGGGAGCUUCACAGGAGAUGAUGACAAGAUCUACUUCUUCUUCAGUGAGCGGGCAGUGGAGUAUGACUGCUAUUCCGAGCAGGUGGUGGCUCGUGUGGCGCGCGUCUGUAAGGGCGACAUGGGGGGAGCACGGACCCUGCAGAAGAAGUGGACAACGUUCCUGAAGGCUCGGUUGGUGUGCUCAGCCCCUGACUGGAAGGUCUACUUCAACCAGCUAAGGGCGGUGCACACCCUGCGGGGCUCUUCUUGGCACAACACCACCUUCUUCGGGGUUUUUCAAGCACGAUGGGGUGAUAUGGACCUGUCUGCUGUCUGUGAGUACCAGUUGGAACAGAUCCAGCAGGUGUUUGAGGGUCCCUACAAGGAGUACAGUGAGCAAGCCCAGAAGUGGGCCCGCUAUACUGACCCCGUACCCAGCCCUCGGCCUGGUUCGUGUAUCAACAACUGGCACCGAGACAAUGGCUACACCAGUUCUCUGGAGCUGCCGGACAACACCCUCAACUUCAUCAAGAAGCACCCGCUGAUGGAGGACCAGGUGAAGCCUCGGUUGGGCCGCCCCCUACUUGUAAAGAAGAAUACUAACUUCACACACGUGGUGGCUGACAGGGUCCCAGGGCUUGAUGGUGCUACCUAUACAGUGUUGUUCAUUGGUACAGGAGAUGGAUGGCUGCUGAAGGCUGUAAGCCUGGGGCCCUGGAUCCACAUGGUGGAGGAGCUGCAGGUGUUUGACCAGGAGCCAGUGGAAAGUCUGGUGUUGUCUCAGAGCAAGAAGGUGCUCUUCGCUGGCUCCCGCUCUCAACUGGUUCAGCUGUCUCUGGCGGACUGCACAAAGUACCGCUUCUGUGUAGACUGUGUCCUUGCCAGGGACCCCUACUGUGCCUGGAAUGUCAACACCAGCCGCUGUGUGGCCACCACCAGUGGUCACUCAGGGUCCCUUCUGGUCCAACAUGUGGCGAACUUGGAUACUUCAAAGAUGUGUACCCAGUAUGGCAUUAAAAAAGUCAGAUCUAUUUCCAAAAACAUCACUGUUGUGUCAGGCACAGACCUGGUCCUACCCUGCCACCUCUCAUCCAAUUUGGCCCAUGCCCACUGGACCUUCAGAGGACGGGACCUUCCUGCAGAACCACCUGGCUCCUUCCUUUAUGACGAGGGACUCCAGGCGCUGGUGGUGAUGGCUGCCCAGUCCCGCCACUCUGGACCCUAUCAUUGCUAUUCAGAGGAGCAGGGGACAAGACUGGCUGCGGAAAGCUACCUUGUUGCUGUCAUGGCCGGCUCGUCGGUGACCCUGGAGGCACGGGCUCCCUUGGAAAACCUGGGACUCGUGUGGCUAGCUGUGGUGGCCCUGGGGGCUGUGUGCCUGGUGCUGCUGCUGUUGGUCCUCUCACUCCGCCGGCGACUGCGAGAAGAGCUAGAAAAGGGUGCCAAGGCAUCGGAAAGGACACUGGUGUACCCCCUGGAACUGCCCAAGGAGCCAGCCAGUCCCCCCUUCCGACCUGGCCCCGAAACCGAUGAGAAACUUUGGGAUCCUGUCGGGUACUACUAUUCCGAUGGCUCUCUCAAGAUUGUGCCUGGUCAUGCCCGGUGCCAGCCUGGAGGUGGGCCCCCUUCCCCACCUCCUGGCAUACCUGGCCAGCCGUUGCCUUCUCCAACUCGGCUCCACCUAGGAGGUGGUCGGAACUCAAAUGCCAACGGUUAUGUGCGCUUACAGUUGGGCGGAGAGGACCGAGGAGGAUCUGGGCACCCCCUGCCUGAACUUGCUGAUGAAUUACGACGGAAACUACAGCAUCGACAGCCGCUGCCUGACUCCAACCCAGAGGAGUCUUCAGUAUGAGGGAACCCCCCCACCUCAUUGGCGGGGGGAUCUCAUGGGAGGUGCACUCUUAACUUUUGCACAGGCACCAGCUACCUCAGGGACAUGGCAGGGGCACUUGCUCUGCCUGGGACAGACACUGCCCAGCAUUUGCCCGGCCAUGAGGACCUGCUCAGCUUGGGCACUGCCACUUGGUGUGGCUCACCAGGACAUCAGCCUCACGGGAGACACACCCUCCUCUGUGAAUUUCAGACAUGCCGGACCCCAGCAGCCAAAACUUUGCAAGGAAGAGGUUUCAAGAUGUGGGUGUGUUUGUGCAUCUAUGUGUUGGUGUGUGUGUGGAGGUGUGUGUGUGUGGAGGUGUGUGUGUGUGUGUGUGUGUGUGUGGUAACUUUCCUGUCUCUGUCAAGUCUUCCCUUGGCCUGGGGUCCUCCUGGUUGAGUCUUUGGAGCUAUGAAGGGGAAGGGGGUCAUAUCACUUUGCUUCUCCUACCCCCAGCUGUCCCGAGCUUGGGACAGUGAUGUACAUAUGGGGAUGGGAAGGACAGGGUGUUGUACCCCUUUUGGGGGAGUGCGGGAUUCGGGGGUGGGCCUAGCCCUGCUCCUAGGGCUGUGAAUGUUUUCAGGGCGGGGGUUGGGGGUGGAGAUGGAACCUCCUGCUUCAGGGGGAAGGGUGGGCAGGGCCUUCCACUUGCCCUCUAGGUUCGGUGGUAUUUUAUAUUUGCGCUCUUCUGACAGGGCUGGGAAGGGUUGUUGGGGGGAGGGAAGGGAGAAGGUGGGCAUGCCGUGGAUACUGGCCUAUCCUCUCCUGGCUCUGGGAAAAGGGCUAACAGUGUAACUUAUUGUGUCCCCACAUAUUUAUUUGUUGUAAAUAUUUGAGUAUUUUUAUAUUGACAAAUAAAAUGGAGAAAAUGAAAUUUAACU